GACGUGAUGAAAUAUUGUAGGUUAUGUUCAACAAAAGUUUUAUUACUUUGACUCAGGGUUCAGUGUUAUUGAGAGCCACUUUCAAUUAUUUCAAAAUAAAAUCUCACUUGACUUUUCAUAAAUUCAGUGUUUUUAUAUAAAUAUUUAACUUCCACUAAAUUUUAUUAUCGUAACCUCGUUAUUUGUUUUGAAAUGCCUGGUCAGCCGGAUAACAAGGAAGAGCAAGCUCCUGUUCGUGAACUAACGCAGACUGACAAGUUGAAUAAGAAACUUUUGUCCUCACUACUAGAAAAUUUAAACUCGGGAGAAAACAGCGUUCUUAAUUCUCUUACUAGUCCAACAAAUACGGAACAAGACGAAUCUGAAAAUACAGAUUUUGAAGCAAAUUCAACUGAAUAAGUAAAUAAUAGAAAUGGCUUUGCUACACAAUGAUCUUUUCUCGAAUGAAGCCGUAGAUGAUCCAGAAGACUUGGACUUAUUGGUUGAGGGACGAGGACAAGAAGAUAAUGAAACUGCAGAACAAGCAACUGGUGACAAUUCUGACAAAGAAGAGAAAAAAGAUGAUCAACCUGAAAAGAAGAAACGAAAGCAAAGCCAGCGACCAAGACUAAAUAUUCUCAGGUUGAUGGAUAACAAUACUGGACUAUUAGCUGCUGAAAGAAUGUUCAAAGAUGUAAAAUUCAAAGGAAAAGGUCAUGAACUGGAAGAUUUGAAUUUGAUCAUGAAGAAAAUGGAGAUUUGGGCUCACAAGCUGUAUCCAUCUUUCGAUUUUGAUGAUUGUCUGGCUAAACUGGAAAAACUUGGAAAUACUCGUUCUGUUGCUACUUACGUCAAGAAAUUGAGAAUGGGACUUGAAGAUGACAUUGUUACUCCUCAACAUGAUGACGAGGAUGUUAAUGAAAACACCAACAAUGACAACACAGAAGAAAAUCAACCUCCGCCUAGAGCUAAUUCUCCUGGUAGAUUUGAUCAGUUAGUCAGGAAUCAGCCACAAAAUGAACCCGCUCAAGGGGGUCUCACAGAGGAGCAAAGAGAAAGAAUGCGGAAGAAUCGUCUCAUUGCUGAGCAAAGACGAGCGGCCAGAAUGAAGGAACUGCGAGAGAAACAGCAACGCAUGGCGGCUGGAAAUGCUGUUUUAAGCCAAUCACCCUUCCAGACUACUUCAGAUGAUAAUACUCCAAUCAUUGCACAUUCUCAACAAAAUAAUUCCUCAGAGCUACAAAAUACAUUGAAUGCUGAAUGUGAUUCCACCAACAUUUCACAGACUGAGAAAGAAGUUUCCGUGAAUAAUAGUACACAAAUUGGCGAAAAUACUCAGGAUAAAGAUGAAAUUGGUGAAACUACACUGGAUGAAGAUAAAAUUGGACAUGGAGAUAACGAAGUUCCUAUGAAUAUCAGCACAGAAAUUGGUGAAACUACUAAGCAUCAACAGAAAAAUAACGAUGUUACUAUGAAUAUCAACUCAUAAAUUUGUGAAACUACUCAUGAUAAAGAUGAAAUUGGUGUAACUACUCAAGAUAAAGAUGUUUCGAUGAGUAUCAGUACAGAAAUUGGUGAAACUACACAUGAUAACGAUGAAGAUAAAGAUGUUUCUAUACCUAUCAGCACAGAAACGGGUAAAACUACUCAGGAGAAAGAUGAAGAAUACACUACUUGUGAAGAAUCUGAACAAGCUACACGUUCACUUGGUACUGCAAACAAUGUAAGUGUGAAUUUGCCAGAAAAUUCGUAUGAUUUUUUUGAGCCGAUGGAUGAUAUCGAGAUGGAAGAACUGCCUUGAGUGAGUUUUCUCAAUGAUUAUUAUAAUUGUCAUCAGUUUUCACAACGUCCUCUCAUGAAAUUAUUACAACCGAUUUACAAGUUUUUUUUAGUGGCGGUACUAUUCCAGGGACACACGUAUUAUUAAUGUAAUAUUGAUUUCUAUAUCUCAAUAAAAAUAAUUUAACUAAA